GAGCCGGUUUCAGUUCAGCAGCGAACGCCUUUGCGGCAAGAGCUCACCGUUUUGUUCCUUCUGUAUUCCAACGUGCCUUGUGUAUUCCCCGCGGUUAAAGUCAAAUUGGAAGCGCCGUCCCAACAACACGGGAUCCUGCAACAUCUUGCUGGAGAGUCUAACCUCGAAAAAAUUUCAAGCUAGAAUUUUUGUUUACGCUGUGCAUGCAAUUUACAGAAACAUUUUGGCAGAUUUCAUAGUGACUUUAUCACGAGCUCCUUGAAACCGUGCUGAGUUGAUUAUUUUUGUAUUGUUGUUAGUGGACCAUAAUGAAACAUUUUCCUGUCAAAAACGUCAAUCGCAAAAUUGAUUUUUAAUUCGCAUCUCUGUACAGAAUCAGCGAAUCAUCCUAUUCAGCAAACAAUAAACUUUAUCAAAGAAACUGUCAGAAGUUUCUAAGUUUUUAUUUUGUUAAAAAAAUGAAUUCUGUACUAUAUUAAUAAUAAUAAUAAAAAAAAAAAAAAAAAAAAAACCUCUGCAUUUAAGAUAUUGACUAAAAUACAACCUGCUUGGACUUUGUUGAAGAUGGCAUCUAUGGCUCUCUUAAACGGCAAUCAUUCCGAAAAUCUCCUAAACAGUGCAACUUGUUAUCUCGUAUCGACGACCUCUGGUAGCAGUACUCUCAUGACCAACAGUUUGUCUCCAACAGCAACUCACUCAUCCCCAUCAACAGUUAACGCUCAAAGAAUAGCACCAAAAUUGCCAGAUCACCAUAAAUACCACCAGCAAGAUUCUACAGAACUUUUACGGUGCAAACGAAGAAUACAACUCGGACAUUUGCCUUCUUCAGGAAAAAGCAUGAAUCCUCAACCAGCAGCUGUUGCUCGAAGGAAUGAGCGCGAAAGAAACAGGGUUCGACUCGUGAAUCUCGGGUUCGCAACGCUUCGACAGCAUGUUCCUAAUUCAACCAAGAAUAAGAAAAUGAGCAAAGUGGACACACUGAGGUCAGCCGUUGAGUAUAUCAAGAGUCUACAAGAACUGUUAGGUGAGACGACGACAGGGAUGAUGAAUCAGGGAGGAACGAUAGAUGAGAAUUCGUACCCGACGGGUGGACAGUCUUCGACGGGAUCUCCCACUCCCAGUCUCUGUUCAGAAGCAUCCUCGCCUUAUGAUGUUAUGCAUGGUGAGGAAGAUGAUGAACUCAUGGACUUCACGACAUGGUUUUGAACUCACUGAAAUUGUAUUAAGGCCUACCUCAUCGUUAACAGUGACACGGGAAAAAAACAGAAGAAAAGAAAUUUCUGUGCGCCUGUGUUCUGCGACAGUAUUUGAACUUGAAUCUAAGCAGGAGUUUUAAGUAAUAUGAACACUAAUAUUUUUCGCGAGAUCUUCAUUGCUCUGCAAGUCUGAACAUAAAGAAAGAAGCCUUUUAAAUACUGAACUGUUUAUAUCCCAUUUUAUUUCAUAUACAUUAUAUCAUAUUUAUAAAGAGUACAUUGUUAGUGUAUUAUUUGUACAUAAGUUUUAAUUUAUUAUGCACGUUGACCACUGAAUAUAGAGCUAGAUUCGUGAGAUAUGAAAAGUGAAGUUGACGUGUAUCACUGAGCUGUUUUCUCAACUAUUUUGAAAGUUGAAAAACUUAGUUGAUUAUUGAACGUUAAGGAUUUUCAAAAAUUAUGCACGAACUGUUUUCUACGUCCAGAUGACUCUGUUGAUUAAGCACUGCAUCAAAAAAUUAGAAAAUGUGAAAAACAGUGCCUUUAGAAAAUCGACUCUCGCAUUAAUUUUCUUACAUUUUUUAUGCCUGUUGGAAUAUUUGAAAAAAAAAAAGUCCACAUUCCAUUUAUUAUAUUUACAUGUAUGUAUAUAAGAGAAAUAUUUUCUUAAUUCAUAGAUCAUUUUAAAAUUAAAAUUCCAUGUUACAUUAUUUAGAAUGUUAUUGUAUUUCUCACUUUGCACAAACGCUCUGAAAUAUUUUGCGUGUUACAAAAUAAAAAAAUAUUGUUUUAA